AUGGCUCGAAAGGGACAAGUAUCUAUACAAGAUAACGUUGAAACGAAUGAAGAAUUUGAAGAUUAUCUAAAUGCGAAUUUCGACAAGCUUAUAUGUAUGGAAGUGUAUUCAGAUUUUUGCGGUCACUGUUUGGCUACUGGUAAUGCUAUACGAAAAGGUAAACUUGAAAUAGGACAAGAUCGUAUCAGUAUGGUGAAGGCGUUAGCGGACAAUAUCGAUGCCUUAUCAAGAUUUAAGAAUAAAAGUGAACCAACCUUCCUUUUUAUUUUUAGAGGUAAAUUAAUACGUGCAAUGUUCGGAGCGAAUGGUGUGGAACUGUGUCGUAUUACAGAAGAAGAAAUAGGGCACAUGCAGCGAGAAAUAGACACGGGUAUUGAACGACCGAAACAAGAAAUAAGUGAAUUAUUACCGGAGGAAGCCGCGAAAAUAAAGGAAGACCUAAAACUUGAAGAAAGUUUCCGUGAAGCGGCUGAGAGACUUCGUGUAUUGACGAUCGCUGCAAGAAAGAAGCGAAUUUGUGAACGUCUUGCCAGAUACGUUAAGGAUUUGAAUUUCAUCCUAUACUGGCCUCAUUGUCAUAAAGCUCAUUUAGACUUAUACGAAAAGUGGGAUUUAAUCAACAUUCAAGUAGCCGCUAAAGAUACUAUACAGAUGACCGAAGAAGGUGUUAAGGAGGCUCUAUACAUGAGCGACGUGGAUCCAAACGAGGCCUGCGUCUAUGCUCUCAUGAAAGAUGAGGCUUUAGUUGUAUUGUUUAAGAUGUUCGACAACGAUGAUCGUGAUUUCGUCAAGCUAAUGCGACACACGUUGUACGAAGAGAUCCCCGUACCCAAAGAGGACGUGCCUCCAGAAAAGCAAAUACCGCCGAUUCCGGCGUAUGAACGUUAUGCUAGCAUUAGUAAAACAGCUAGAGAAGUCCGAAGGGAAAGGUAUGAAGCCAAAAUGCAGAAAUUGCGUGAAGAAAAAGAAGAAAGAGAAAGACUGGCAGCUGAACAGGCCCGAUUAGCUAGAGAAGCUGAAGAAGAAAGACAGAGAAUAGAGAAACAAAGACAAGAAGAGGAGAGAAUGGCUAGAAUACAGGCUGGGCUACCAGCAGAACCUGAACCGGUACCGGGAGAAGAGGCAGUUGAAGGCGAAGAAACGGAGGGAGCUGAUACUGAAGUAACCGUAAGGCCUGAGAAUAUAGAAGAAUUGGUAGAGGUAGAAGAAGAGUUCCACUCAGACGUAGAAGUGGAAGAUGAGGAGUACAUACCACCAGGUGGACUCUUCGUACCAGGAUUGUAUUCACCUCCAAAUGUAUUAGCUAAAGCUAACGGAUUAUCCUACUUUUACCCAAAGAUCGUUUCACAAAUAACACCAAUAGAAUCAGAAUAUCUACCUCCUCACGUCCUAGUGAUGUUCAGUAUCGAUAAACGUCAUGAAGUCAAGGAAGUUAUUGAGCAAUUUCCUGGUGAAAUACUUAAUUAUGGCAUCUUCAUUGGUGACGACCCAAACACUGCUGAACACCUUGCUUUUACAAUAAAACAAUAUGAUAAGAUAACAAGAUUAAGAAAGCAUAAGGAUCGUCUGGCCUUGAUGGUGUCACGAAAACGAAGUCUUCCACUCCUGCAGCUCGCGGGAUUGAAUCCAUGUUACAUCAGCCACGACGUCGUAUCAGGAGAGAGAGAUUGUCUUACUCUCUUUCCAGUUGGUUACGGAGAUGAGUAUGAAGAAGAGGAGAGUGUUGCAGAAGAGGAGAUCAAGGAAGUUGUAUUGGCGCAAGAAGCGGAACCCGAGGUAGAGGCCGUCGUCGCUGAACAAGUUGAUGAAGAGGAAGACGAGGAAGAGGAUUGA